GUUUGUCCGAAGAAGGAUUUUCAUGGGAAACUCUGCGCGGUGCAUUCAGUGAGAUGGCAUCGGACAGCGAGGUAAAAACUCUACUGAACUUCGUUAACCUGGCUUCGAGCGACAUCAAAGCGGCUCUGGAUAAAUCAGCUCCUUGUCGCCGGUCAGUUGACCACAGAAAAUAUUUGCAGAAGCAGCUCAAGCGGUUUUCUCAGAAGUACUCACGGAUCCCACGGUGUCACCCCGGCAAACCCCCCGAGUGUGGCUGGCGCAGGGGGACAGAGGAGCGGGCCCGCGGCUCCCUGCCCGAGGCACCUGAGCCCAGCCCCCACGGCGGGGCUGCCGCCGACAAGGUGAUGCGGACAGCCGAGGCAGAGGAGAGCCCCACCGGGGAACGGCUUUUGCAGGAACAAAAACCCGAGGCCGCCCGACCGGACCAGGUGCCCAUGAGGAAGCGACAGCUCCCCGCCUCCUUCUGGGAAGAGCCACGGCCGGCCCAGAGCCUGACGGCCAGAGCCUUUGCUGCCAGCCCUGAGGGGCUGCAGACCCCCAGGGACCCUCCUCCCUAUGAGGGGAAGAAAAGCAAAAGGAGCCCAGACGCUGCUGGCCCGGAGAGCCCCCCUGACACCGCGGCACAUGCCGGGGAGAAGGAGCCCGCCGUCCUCUCGGGCCGAGUGGGUGCUUGGACCUGCUGCCCCUUCCCCUGCCCCGGGCCAGGCGUGUACCAGCCCCCGGGCGCGCUGCCCCCGUCGCCCUUCCCGGGGCUGGGGCUGUGGAGGAAGAGUGCGGCCACGCUGCCGGCGGAGGUGCCGCACUUCUGCAAGGAGGCCGAUGGCCCGGGGCAGAAACUCUACAGGCCCUUGGUUCUGAAACCCAUCCCCACCAAGCCCGCCAUCCCCCCUCCCAUCUUCAAUGUUUUUGGCUAUCUUUAG